CUGCGUACUCUGAACUCCGACACGCGGUCCCGCGUACUCAAAUGCCGAAGUACGCGGGGCCGGUACUCAGACGUCUGAAUACGCGAGAUCGCGAACCCAGACACACGCGCUCCGCGUGUUUAAUUGCAAAAAGAGAUUAGAAUUAUUUUACCGCCAUCCCCUUCCCGCCAAAGGCCUGCACUUAAACGCCGUCGUUUGUUUCUUCAUUUUCUUCUUCCGCUUCUCCGUCUCUGCUGUUCAGCCGAACUCAGAUCUCAACCCUGACUGAAAGCAAAAAAACUUUCGAAAAAGAAAAAACAUAUUUCUUGUUUCAUUCAAUGGCAACUAUGCUUGAUUCAAUCCUAGACUACAGCAAAACGCAGCGUAUUGUCCUCUUAAUUGACCUUAAUCCACUUCUUCAUCUCGAAGAUCCAGAGCCAUACUUAACCAUUCUCUCAGCUUCAACAAAAACCCUAAUUUCAUUCCCUCCUCUUUCAUCCUCUCUCUUUGCUUUCAAAUUCUUCUUUUCAUCUUUCUCUCCUCUUCUCUCUUCCUCAAAGCUCCCUUUUCCGUCUCUUUCACUCUCCUUUGACCAACCGGAGACCGCCGUCCAAUCAAUAAAAACAUGUCUGUUUAAUCCUUCUCUAAAAAAUCUUUUCUCGAAAACGCUGUCGUUUUCGUCGGCCCGAGCUGUCAAUGUUGCUGCGUCCAUGCGUCAACUUGUUCAUGACUACGCGUGGGACCCGGAUGGCAAGAUCCUUGAUUCUGUUUGUGUGAGGUCGAAUUUGGUGGUUUUGUUUUCGCCAAUUUUGAAAUCUGUGAAAUGUUUGAGUGAGUUCUUGGAUGUUGAUGUGAAUGAUGAGUGUUUGAGCGAUGCGAAUUUGUUUAACAGCAAGUUUCGCGGGUUUUUUGGAAGUGUAAAUGAUGCUUUUCGUAGUAGGGAUAUUCAUUUUAGUUGGGUAGAUGUCAAAUGUGGAUUAGAUUCUGGUGAUGCUAACGAAGUUGAAUUGAAAUCUUGGCUUUUUUAUGGUGGGAUUAGGGAUUUAGGUUGGGGGUUUUGCUUUAGCGAUUCAAUUGUUUUGGGUUCUAGUCUUGUUCAUUUUGGGUUGAUUUAUCCGAGCAUUGGAGUUUCAUCAUCUUCCCAUUUUUUAAAUUGUAAUAAUGAUUACUGUAAAGCAAUUCGAGCACAAUUGAGUCUCGAGAUAUUAGAUGUAAGUGGGAAGCCUUUAGAAUGCAAGGUUAGUAAUCUUGAAUUGGUCAAUAUUGAGAUGUUUUCUAGGAAUAGAGGAGAAAACAGUUCCAUUCCUGUUGAAUUCAUGGAUUCGCAAAUUGAGGGAUUUGAAAAGGAAAAAAGAUCUUGGGGAGACUUUGGCGAUGGAAUCAAUAACUUACAUGUUAAGGCUGUGUAUAAAUACGAGGAGGAUGUAAAUUUUGAGGGGCUGUUUUCGGAUUCCCUUCUUGUACGUGAAUUUUCAGGAGAAUCAGUGAAUGAGAGGAAGGAGAAUUCUAGUGAGUUUUUUGCAGACAAGGUACUAAAAAUUCUUGCUAGGGAAAUGGGAGGGUUGCUGCAGAAGAAGGGCAUACCCAUUUGGCAAAUAUUACUGUGUUUCCUCUACAGAAGAGGUUACUGGGCUUUGGUUUCUUUUCUAAAUGGCAAUGGUGAAUCCCAUACGGGUAUCCUGAAGCCUUUCACAAUUUUCUCAGCUCUCUUAUCUAUUGUACAUGAUGAGUUUUGUUCUCGCAUUGAAGUACAUGAAUUUGGUGAGGUGAAUUCGGCACCAUUUGUGAUGAAAAUGGACAAUGGGACUUGUAAAUCAAAUGGACCUGCUGCACUAAGGGAAGUUAAAAGGAAAAGGAAAAAAAGACAUUUGCAUUCGCUUCAAGAUCUCACAUGGGAUGCUUUCUGUAAGGCAGCUUUUGAAAACACCAUGGUAGAUUUAGAAGAGAUAUACUUUGCCACAGAAUGUAACUCAAAGAAGUUGAAAUUUUUGAAGUGUUGGAUGAAACAGAUUGAGAAAUCUGGCAGUUGUUGCUUGACGAUGAGGGAGAGAUCCGAGCAACAUACGGGCAUUCCAAAAGAAAUAGAAACUAGGCUAGCUGAGUUGCCUCAAGAGAGUGAACAGCCAAUACCUUCAACUGCUUCCACGGGAGAGGAAAUUUUGACUGGUGCUUCUAGAAUACAGGAUGAUGCUGCUCUUGACAUGCACUCUGAAACUUCUGAAAGUUUUUUCAGCAAUCUUACCAACAAAUUGCAGCAAGGUCUUGAAUCUGAAGGAGUAGACUUGGGGGCAUUGGCAGAGCGGCUUGUGAACUCAUCCAUUUAUUGGUUGUAUCAAAAGCAGGACAUUGAAAACACUUCUGAGAGUCAAACCCCAGCAGUAAAACCUGAUGAUGCUUGUAGCAGCAUAGCUGUGACUGAAUUGACAAAGCUUUUACUUAGGGAGCCCAAGGACUUGAUUGCAGUGCACAAAAACAAUGAUCCUUCCACUCAGGCAUCUGAUCCAAGGCCUGCUGGAGUUAGAUCUGAAAGUAUAGUUAGAGAAUAUGAACUACAAAUUUUGUUUCGCAUGGAAAUUCUUCAAUCAGAGAUCGGAGCAAUUAUAGAGGAGUCUUUGAAACAGAAGUUUGUGAGGCAGAUUUGCUUGCUUUUAGAGGCUAUCCAGUGCCACCUGCAGGGUGGCUUCUUUGGUGAUUGGAGCCUUGAUAGUUAUGUUCGAAAGAUCAUUAAAGAUAGGUAUUGUGACACUCUUGGUGACAUAGUUCACAGAAUCUAUACAAAAAUGGACCUGUUACUGUUUGAAGAGGAGGAUGAAAGUCCUAACCAUUUACUCAAUAGUGAGGAUAGUAAUCAAUCGCGGAGGGAUGAAACAGGUGAAAAUCUUCAAGUAAAUAAAUCAGUCUCAAUGGAAGGUAAGUCUGUACAGCCACAUGAAAAUGAUGAUGAGAGUCCUUAUGGUAUUCAAAGGGAGGAGCAUGCUCAAAAAUUAAUGGAAGCUCAUGAGAGGAGAGAAAGGGCUCGAAGAUUUGCAUCUUUCACAAGUUGGGUGCCAGAUUUGCAGAGAGUCUGGGCCCCAAAGCUGUCAAAGUCAAUGAAACCAAAGUCAAAUUGGAAGCUGACGAAAAGGAAAGAUCGGAAAAGGGCUGGCUACGACAAGGUAUGUGAGACUCCAAUGACAGGAAUCAAACGUUCUUGUUCAAUAGGGAGUGAUAUUGAAGAAGACGAUAUCCAUCAAGAUUCUGGCUCUCAGACUGCAGAUCCGUGUCCAAGGCUUUGUUUCAAGAUAACCGGUAGCACAGCAACUUUUAAGCCAUCCUAAUGAGUGGCAUUCUUACAGAAAUCCUUUGUGAAAAGAAUGUUAACUGCUGAUAAUGUGCAAUUGUACUAAUGAAGCUUCAGCCAAAUUUGGUCCCAACUUGAUCAUUAGAGCUGGUACUUUUUCCUCCAACUCUUAAUUCUUUGUAAAAUAGUUAUAAUAUUAAUUUAUUGUAGCACUGAAGUAACUUCAUCUGCUCGAUAGUUUAUUCCAUGUACAUUACAGCAUUCUCAACAUUAUAAUUAUAUACAGAGACAGAAAUGUGCUAAAUUUAAUUUCUUUUUAUUCUAAUUUCAAUAUAUUCAGUUUGCUAUUAUUAGGCA